AUGAAAUGCCGGCAAAGUAUUCCAGAUAAAGUUGAAUGUUUAUGUUCAUGUCCAUGGUUCACAGUUAUCCAACUUAUUACUUUACAGCUUGUUUCUCGCCUAUCAAUGCCAUUGCGAUUUCUAUCUCGACAAUGUGUCAAGCGUUGUGAAAAUAAUUCCAUCAAAACUUAUUGUCUAGAUUCUGGUAGCGUUAUUAAUGUUUGA